AUGUUGAAGCUGAAUUUUCGAUUAGAUCAAGAUAAAGUAAACCAAAUUAGGACAAAACGAGAAAUCUUGGGACUAGUAGCUUCCAUAUUUGAUCCAUGUGGUUUUGUAACACCGAUUGUUUUACCUAUGAAGUUGUAUCUACAAAAUCUCUGGAGUCAAAAAUAUGACUGGGACACUGAGUUAGCUGAAGAAGCUCUCGUAGAAUGGCAAACGGCCAGUGCAUGCUUGAAACUAAUUAGAUACAUUAGUGUUCCUCGUUUCGAAAUCGGAAAGGAAGAUUUUAAUACCUCCAUAAAGCACGAACUUCACGCAUUCGCAGACGCAUCGCUACAAACUUACGCGGCUACCGUGUACUUACGUAGCACUCACCAGAAUAAAAGCGAAAUUUCCUUCAUAAUAGGGAAAUCACGUUUAAUAAGCAAAAAGGAUCAGACUAACCUUCAUAUACCGAAGUUGGAAUUAUUGGGGGCUUUAAUCGGAAGCCGGCUCAUCAAAACUGUUCUUAAACACUCAAGACUUCCAAUCUCUAAAACUUACCUGUGGUCAGAUAGUCAGAUAGUCGUAAAUUGGUGUAACUCAGAAAAACUUUUGCUGCCAUUUGUGGCGAAACGCGUUGACGAAAUUAAAUUAAAUUGCAAUCCACAUAUUCGGUACGUACCUUCACAUAUGAAUCCCGCCGAUGUAGCAACACGACCCAAUAUUUCUGCUGAAAGUGCGCAACGUUGGUUGAUAGGUCCAGAUUUUUUAUACAGCGAUCCAAUGUACUGGCCGAGAAAUACACAAAAAGACAACGAGUUAAAUACACACAUUCAAGUUGUCGCGGGCCGGGAGGAUCCUUCGGAAACAGAGCCACAAGGAUAUACAAUUGAUAGCUCCGAACAACAAAUAGAAACUCACUCUCAAAUAAAUGAAAACAUUCCACAGACAGUUCAGCGUACUGCGGUCAUUGAAUCAAUGGAAGUCGAUAAAAACCAUUUAACAUCAGAUUAUAGUUUGACAAAUAUUUCAAAUAAUCACAUUGAUCAGAUCCGACAAGUUCAGAAGGAAUGUUUCUCGAAGGAACUUACGGGUAUGAAGACAGAUCUUGUGAGAGCUCUUGACGUGUACAAAGACGAGGACGGUAUACUCAGAUGUCGUGGGAGACUACAGAAUACAGAUUGGUCGCAUAGCCAGAAACACCCGAUAUUAUUACCUAAAGAUCACGCUUUCACAUCAAAGAUAAUCGAGGAUGCACACCGGAGAAAUUAUCACGUAGGAGUGUCUCAUACUCUUGCUAUUAUUAGAAAACAGUACUGGAUACCCAGAGGUAGAAUGCAAGUACAAAAACUUCUCAGACAGUGUCCAGCAUGUAAGAAAUACUCAGGAGGUCCUUAUAGAUUGCCACCCAUGGCCCCAUUACCACCCGAAAGAGUCACUUAUAGUGAACCAUUCUCUUACGUAGGUCUUGAUUAUUUUGGGCCCGUGUUGGUGGAUACGAAUGGUUGUUUGGAGAAACGUUGGAUUUCCUUAUACACCUGUUUAGCUGUGAGAGCUAUACAUAUGGAGCUCGUAAAAGAUUUGACUGCAGAGGAGUGUUUGUUAGGAUUAAGGAGGUUUGUUUCCUCUAGAGGCGUCCCCAAAUUAAUCAUCUCAGAUAACGCUCUGCAAUUCAAACUUGCAGCCGAUGUCCUCACUGGGGAUUACUGUGUAACGAAUCGAAUAAAGUGGAGAUUUAUUCCUGAACUCGCGCCCUGGUUCGGCGGAUUUUACGAAAGAUUGAUCGGUAUUGUCAAGAACUGCUAA